CUAGAACGAAUAAAAAUAGCUAGUCAACUAUAAAUUUAAAAUAUAGACGUAAUUUCCGUGUGCGCAGUAGAGGCUGCGAGUAUUUUUGUUGUUGCGCCGACCCGCCCAAGUCGCGGUAUUUUACGCCCCCGCACCAAUUGGCCACUCUAGCCCUACACUGUUGCAUUUGCAUUUCGCCCCCACAACCCCUGCGGAAAAAGGAAAAUAUCUGACCAUCUAUAAAAUGCCAACCAAAUGGUAGGCUAAGACAGGCAGCUGUAUAUUCAGAACGUUCGAAUCGGUACGCAGUCAGCGACAGGAAGCUAGCGAGCGAGCCGCGGAGCAGCAACCAACGAGCAACAGCAGGAGGUAAGCGACGCCAAACGCGGACAUGAACGACGAACUUGUGCGGGAGCAGCGCAGCUGCGAGGGAUCCGUCUCACCCAAAGCUGCACCGACGACCGCGGCGGCAGCGGCAGCGUCGAUGACGUUGGCCUCGGCAGCCUUGGAAUCGCACAGCAUGGCUGUGCAGACGGGCGGCGGAGCUGGAGCUAGUGCUGGUGCAUCGAUGGCAUCGGGCCACCAGGCCACCACCAGUGGGGGCCAUGCUGGAUCGGGAGGAGCAGGUGCAUCCAGCGCCCACAAGACGCAGCAACAGCAGCAGCAGCAGCCGUCGCCGCAGCUGAAUGCAAACGAUAUGCGCGAAAUGCGCGACAUCAAGCAGUUGCUGUGGGGAGACAAUGUGCGCGAGGAUGUAUUCCGUCGCUGGUCUCAAGGGUUUGAGUUUAGUGAUGCAGAGCCGUCAGCAUUGGUGCAAAAGCAAGGCGGUCCUUGUGCUGUGAUAGCGCCCGUGCAGGCGUACUUGCUUAAGAUUAUUAUCAUGGAAAUGCCGGGCGUGAAGCUGUCCGAGAUUUCUAGCGAUAAAUGCCAAAACCUGCUUAUUCAGGCCUUGUGCAACAUUUUAAAGAAUUGUCGUGCACCGCGUUACCGCAUCGUCCAUCUUUUGCGCCGCCGUGGAAUUGCUUCAGAGGCUGGUCCAACCAAAGAGCGCUCGCCAUCCGCCUCAUCACCAUCAGCUGGCGCUGCAACCGAAUCUGGCACCGAGGAGGCAGCAGCUGCAGCAGCAGCAGCUGCAGCAGCAGCAGCUGGCGUGGAACUGGCGGCGGAGGCCACUCCCGCUUCGGUCAAGGAUUUGUGCCAAGAGCCCGAUACCGAAACGAUGGGCGAUCUGUCCCCGGAUGAGUUCCACGAUCGCCUGCACACUGUGCACUUCGACGAUAUAUCCGCCGUGGCCCGCUAUUACAUGGAAAACUACGGCCAGUUGGCGCACACAUAUGGCGUCCUGCUGUUUAUGUACUCGGUGUUCCUCACCAAGGGCUCGGAGCUGGUUGCGGCCGACAUAUCGGACACAUCGGAGCCGCUAAUACACAGCACUUAUGGCUAUGGCGCCCAGUCGCUUAUCAAUCUGAUGCUAACGGGUCGUGCGGUGGCCCAUGUCUGGGAUAAUGAGCAGGAUGUCGGCGGACUGAAGCUGCGUGGCAUUUGCGAGCAGAGCGACAUUGGAUUUAUAACGCUUAUGGAACAGAUGCGGUACUGCACUGUGGGUUCCUUCUUUAAGAAUCCCCGCUAUCCGGUCUGGGUGAUGGGCUCUGAUACGCAUUUAACCGUUCUGUUCAGCACCGAGAAGAGGCUGGUCUCACCAGAGACGCCUUCGGAGACGGGCCGUCGCAUCUUCAAGUCAUAUGAUCCAGAGGGCAAUAACUUCAUAUCGACAACCAUGCUGCGCGAAGUUCUGGCGGAAUUAAAUCUUGUCAGCGAGCCAGCCUAUGUGAGCCUCAUGCAGAAACGUCUCGAUCCGGAGAACUUGGGCAUUAUACUGCUGAACGCUUUCAUGGACGAGUUCUUUCCGCUGGAGCGUCGCUCCACGCCGGAUACCUUUGAGCUGCGUCAUUACAAUGGCAUACCAGGCUCUAAUGAAAAUAAUAAGGUGCGUUUCUACUGCGGCUCGGCCAUUCUGUUGGAGGGCGACCUGAAGUCAAUUUGCACCUCCAAUCCGAUGGUCACCUGCCUCCAGACCAAAUGGCCCAAUAUAGAGAUCAAUUGGCAUGACACCCAUAUGCCCUCGUUGAAUUGACGCGCCGUCAAGAGAGUUGAUAAGAGCCGUAAGAAGAACACUUAGGGGAAACCCAGAAAGAAGCUGCCGCAGCAGAGAGCGAGGAACAACGGAAGUGGAGAAGGAAACCCAACCCUCAAUUGUUUCACUUCUAUUAUAUUGUUUUCUUCUUUUUUUUUUGGAAAAACAAAUUUCUAGGAAUUAUUAACAAAUCGUAAAAACGAAAAAUCAUAAAAAAGAUAAAGAAGAAUGGAAGUAGAAGGCACCAAUACAAAAAGCAAAAAUAACAGCAGCAAACACUAAUAAAUGCUCUUAACAAGAGGGAGGUGAGGGUGCAAGCCAUGUUGCAGGAACAGAAGGAUAUACGCCAAGCGUUGAAUCACACACACACACAAAACACACACGCAGACACAUAUGUAUAUGCAUAGCUCUAUGCAAAAUAAAUAAAAAGUGAACAAGGAGCGGGAAGAUAGAGCAUAUACUUUUUAUAAAAAACAAAAAAACACUAAAAACUAAUUUCGAAAAUUAUACGUUUAACUAUGCAUUGCAGAAACUAAACUAAACUGAAACUACAGGCAAAAACACAAAUUAUAUGUAUGUAAUAUGUAUGAAUAAACUAAAAACCUAAAAACUAAAUCGGGAAAUCGAACCAGAGAACAAAGAGUAAAAUGAGAUUUAGGAAACAAGCAAAAACUAGAGGCAAGCAAAAAAAAAAAAAAA